AUGAGGCUCCUGAGCUGCCUGGGCUUUGCUCUUUUCUGCUGCCUCCUGGAGAUGGGAGCUGCCUACAGCUCCUGGGGCUUUCUCCGAGGGGAGACGGAGCUGUGGGGGGCUCAGUCCUUGGGGCAGCCCCAUGCCUUCUCCCUGCCCUCCCCAUGGGCAUGGGUGGACGUGUCCCAGCUCCAGGCUGCAUCCCCACUGCACCCCGUGUCUGUGUGGUGCCAGGAGGCUCAGAUGGUGGUCACAGUGCACAGGGACCUCUUUGGUACCGGGCGCCUGGUCCGGGCUGCAGACCUGACCCUGGGUACGGCUGCCUGCCCGGCCACAGCCCAGAAUGCUGCUGAGAACGUGGUGACCUUCACGGCUGGGCUGCAUGAGUGUGGCAGCACCCUCAGGGUCACCCCUGAGGCUCUCAUCUACAGCACAAGCUUGAAUUACAACCCAGUCCACGCUGGCAACCCUGUUGUCAUCCGCACCAGCCCAGCUGUGGUUCCAAUUGAGUGCCACUACCCAAGGAGGAGCAAUGUGAGCAGCCACGCCAUCCAGCCCACAUGGGCACCCUUCCACUCCACCCUCUCCUCUGAGCAGAAGCUGCUCUUCUCCUUGCACCUAAUGAACGAUGACUGGAGCACCGAGAGGGCCUCUACUGUGUUCCAGCUGGGGGAGGUCCUCCACAUGCAGGCGAGUGUCAGCGUGGGGAACCACGCACCUCUGAGGCUCUUUGUGGACAGCUGUGUGGCCACCCCCAGCCCAGACAGGGGCUCCUCUCCCCAGUAUGCAUUCAUUGACUUCAGCGGGUGCAUGGUGGAUGGGCGGCUGGAUGAUGCUACCUCGACUUUUAUAUCCCCAAGGCCCCGGCUAGAUGUGCUUCAGUUUGCAGUAGAUGUGUUCAAGUUUGCAGGAGACUCCAGCAGCCUGCUUUACAUCACCUGCCACCUGAAGGUCUCCCCAGCCAGCCAACCUCCAGACCCUCAGAACAAGGCUUGCUCCUUCCACAAACCCAGCGGGCUCUGGGCGCCUGUGGAGGGCACGAGGGCUGUGUGCUCGUGCUGUGAGACACAGAGCUGUGGCACAGCACGGCGCUCCCUGCAGCCCUUCAGCCCGUCCCAUCAGCACAGAGGAAGACGAUCCCGCAGAGAGCUGCCCCUGGGUCCCACACUGGGAGAAGCAAACGUGAUGCUGGGCCCUCUGCUCAUCCAUGGCCACCAGCAGCACCCAGCAGGCAGGGUGCCCUCAGCAGGUGCUGGAAGCCACGUGGGGCUGGGGCUGGCUGCUGGCUUGGCCAUCCUGCUCCUUGCUGCUCUGGGAGCUCUGGUUGCCUGCCGGACGCACAGCAAUCCUGUCUGA